GUAAAACCAAAAUUUCUUCUCAACCACAAAAAUUGGAAUAAAACCACGCCUACAAAAAGCUAAAAUAUGGAAUAAUAAUAAAAGGAAACAUAUACACUAAAAAGUAAUUGAAUAAACAAAGUAACACAGUAAGAUAACAGUGAUUGCUCAAGCUGUUUGUGGUGUAUUCAGGGCAAGUUGCCUGCGUGGAGCACCAAAAAUAGUGUUAAACAAAAAACCAACUAAUAAAGAAAGCUAAUUAGUAGUAAGCAUUAAGUCGUAGCAGCACAAGCAACGAUGAGUAAUAACAGCGGUAGCGGUCGCGCUAACGGUAGUGGACGUCGUCAAGUUGACUGGAAUCGCUUCGGAUUGGAUGAUGAUGGACCAGGCGAUGUUGUUGUGGCGAAUUUCCGUCAAAGAGGCAAUUCAGGAGGCUUUGUCGAUUUGGGUAAUGAAUAUACAUAUGCAGCUGGUGGUCAUCAAGCGUCCGGACGCAAUGAGAUAUUCGCAGACGAACAAGGCGAUAAACCAUGGUGGCGUUCGAAUUUUUUUAUCUCACAGCCAGUGCUAUUCGGCACCUGGGAUGGCGUAUUCACCUCCUGCCUUAUAAAUGUUUUCGGUGUGAUUGUAUUUUUACGUUCUGGUUGGAUUGUAGCGCAAGCUGGCAUAAUUAAUGCAGUUUUAAUAAUUUUCUGCACCGUUGUAAUUGCGUUAGUGUCAGUGCUCUCGGCGGUUGGUAUCUGUGAGCGGUGUCGUGUAGAAAGUGGCGGUGUAUACUUUCUUGUAGCACACACGUUGGGCUCACGAUUUGGUGGAUCACUCGGCUUGCUCUACUGUUUUGGCCAAGCGGUUGGUUGUGCACUAAAUGUAAUGGGUUUCGGUGAGAGUAUGGCUGGUCUGGUUGGGCUAGAGGACAACAAAUGGGCGAUACGUGGAUUCGCCACCGCGGCCGUGUUAUUGCUUGGCUGCAUUAAUGUUGCGGGCGUGAAGUGGGUUAUUAAGCUACAGUUUAUAUUGCUAAUGAUACUGCUAGUGUCGGCUUUGGAUUUUAUGGUGGGCAGUUUUAUUGGUGGAGAUUCAGAGAAUGGCUUCGAUGGUUGGGCCAGCAGUAAUUUCUGGGACAAUUUAAUGCCGAAAUAUGAAGAUGGUUAUUCUUGGUUCCGUGUAUUCGGUGUAUUCUUUCCCACUGUGACAGGUGUACUCUCCGGCAUUAAUAUGAGUGGAGAUCUACGCGCACCCUCAACUGACAUACCAAAUGGCACAUUGGCAGCAUUUGGCACGUCUACCUUCCUUUAUAUGGUAUUUGUGCUCUUUUUGGGUGCUACUUGCACGCGUCCCACAUUGCUGACCGAUUACAUGAUAUCUGUCAAGGUAUCAGCUGUGCCGUUCCUGCUACUCGCUGGUAUAUAUGUAUCCAGUAUGUCUUCGUGUCUGGGUGCCAUGUAUGGCACGCCGCGUGUAUUGCAGAGUAUAGCUAAUGAGAGUGUUAUACCCGGUAUUGAUGUGCUGGGCAAGGGUCGUGGUCCCAAUAAAGUGCCACUUUACGCCAUGGGUGUCGUUGCCAUCGUUACAGUUUCCUUCAUUAUCGUGGGUGAUAUAAAUUUUCUUGCGCCCAUUGUUACUAUGCCUUUCCUACUAACAUAUGCUUGCAUUGAUUACUCCUACUUUGCGUUGGCACAAACUUUCGAUAUACAAGAACAACGUGAAGAACGUUUUCGCAUCCAAGCAUCCAGCCCGUCAUAUGAGACACGACGUUAUGGCGCUGCGCAAACGCCUGGUCAGGAGAGUAAUGAUUUGGACUUAUUAUUCCCAGAUCGCGUGCGGCAUAAAAACUUACAACAAACACCCCAAAAUUCACCACAUCAUGUGCCUUCAAAUACAUCAUCUGCUGCUGCAGCUGCCGCAGCGUUAGCUAAUCAUGAGACUGAACGCAAUCAUAUCCCACUACAGCAGCAACAACAAAAUUAUGGUAGUGAUGCCAAUGGUGUUGCUUUCCAAGACGGCUAUAAUAGCACAAAUGCACAAGAGAAUGCUGCAACAGAUCAGCAUGCCGAAGAUGAAGAACCUAUAGCACCCAUACGCCUGCCUAUACACUCCAAAACGAAGAAUUGGUAUUCGCCAUUCUGUAAUCGUUGGGCGUCUUUGAUAGGGACAUUUUUAAAAUUACUGGUCAUGUUGCUGGUCAACUGGUACUAUGCGCUCACUUGUUUUGUGGUUGUGUUCAUUGUUUGGUUCUAUGUGGGCACCGCCAAUCCGGCUGUUAAGCCGGGAUUGACAGCGGAAUUUAAUUUCUUCGCUUGGCUUAAAAGUGUCAUAUUCAGAUGCUUUGGCAAACGCAUGCACGAAUACGAGCAGGUUGUGGUGACACCCACCUGCCCCGGUGUCGAUUUCUCGCCCACCCAAUUGAAUGAGGAAAAUGCUGAUUUUUCGCAACGCAGCCGCUAUCAUCAUUCGGCAGUUGUUGAGGGACAUCUAAUCGAUGAUGUUUGAACGUGAUUAUAAAGCGAUGGCACGUACAAUAAUAAUUAAUGAAAACAAAAAUAAAGACGCAAAAAGCACUAAAACAAUAACACGCACUUAUAUAUACCCUCCAAAAUUGUAACAACAAUUGGACUAUAAAACCGAAAAUGUAUUUUUGAAGCAAUAUUUUCCAAACAAACAAACAAAGAAAAUUGUUAAGAAAAAUAACAACAAAAGCAUUACUUAUUGUAAAAAAUUCAACCUUCAACCUCACAAUGACUGCACUUCUUUUCGAACAUCAACACACAAAGCAGAAAAUCAAAUUUAUACACACACACACACAGACACACCUAUGCCCACCAUUUCUUGAGCUGAAAGCGUUUAAUUGCAUUUAAAAUCUAUGCACAAAUUUGCUUACGCCAUUGCCAACAGUACGCACCGCAAAAAGAAAAUCUACUACAUAUAAUUCUGUUUUUUUUUUGUUUAAUUUUUAAAGUGUACCAAAAAAUUGUAAAAUUUUUAUUAUAAUUGCGCGCUUAAACUAAUGUAAAAAUUAAUAUUUUUUCAUUAAUGCAUUUAUCAACGUGAAAAUGUUUCCUUUUAAUAUAAAUAAGUUAAAUGCGAAAUGUCUCUUUUACACUACCUUUAAAUGACUGUUGUUUAAUUUAAUAUAUAAAUAAGUAAAUAUGUCAAGAAGUUAUUAUAUUAUUGUAGUAAAUUUUACAUACUUAUUAUAUACUGAAUGUGUGUGAAUAGAGUAUAAAACAUUUGAAAUUCGUAUGUAUGUUUCCUUACGUUGCAUUUGAAAGCCUACAAAUGAAAUUUAAUGCAUUCGAAAGGAAGCAUAUGUGAUAUUGAGAUAAUAAGAAUGCAACAAAAAGUUAAACAAAUUGAAAAUUUGCAUAACAAGGCACAAAAACAAAAUCAAAAAUAAAAAAAAAAAACUGUGUAUAUACAUACAUAUGUACAUGUUGCAGGAAAUAGUUGAAAUUGUUACGCUCAGUAUAAUCAAAAAUUUGGGGAAUAAAAAGCCGGAAAAUAGUUGAUUAAAAAACAUAUUCAUAAUGCAUGAAAAUAAAAAUGGCUUACAAACUACAUAUAUUUGUUGAACUUAGUUUUGGCAUUCAUUAAUAGUUUUUAUUUAACUUGCAGGGCAUGUGACAUACUAAUAUUAGGAUUAAAAACGUUUUUAGUUAUACUAGAUAUUUAAUAUAAAAUUUAUAAUUUACUAAUUUUUUUUUUAAACUAUAAAUUAUUUUAAUGAAUUUUCAUGAUAUAUUCAAUGUAAUGCAAAAAAAAAUGGCGAAACAAAUCGAUUUACUCUGGUUAAAAAUUUGGAAAAAAAAAAUAUUGUUUUACUUUUCACACGCCUUAAUAACUAACUGUACGAGUACAUAUACUAUACAUAUUUACAUUUUCUAUAACUUUUCUCCCAUUUUGCUAGCUUAAUUUUCUGCUGAAAGUAAAUAUAUAUAUAAA